GUGCGACGUAUAUCAAGCACAGUUUAAAUCACCUCUCUCGCAUAGUCACAUUGCAUCGUUUAGUGUGAGUGGAGAACAAUCAUCAGGAUGGCGUCUGAAUACAAGCAAUUCAUCAAUGAAGGUUGUGACGUAGAGGGCGGUGGUUAUGACAACCUUCCUAGCUACGAUGAGAGUAAUGCGAUUUCAGGCUCAGCUCCACCUCAGAACCCUUACCCGCCUCCGAACUCUUCUGGGUAUCCUAUGCAACAGCCUUCUAAAUCUCAGCAGGCUUCACAGUUCCCUCAGCAGCAACCAGCCACUGCUGUCCCCCAGCCGCAGGUGAUUCAGGUACCGAUGGAACAGAACAUAGUUCAUGCAAACAUGGAGACAAUGCCGAAUGACUACUUUGGUUCAGCUCUCUUUGUCACAAUGUGCUGCUGUUUGCCGUUUGGGAUUGUAGCUCUCAUCAAAUCUACUGAGGUAUAUAUGAUGGACUAUCUAACCAGACUAAACAAACCCUGUGACCUCGGUCAAUUCCCCUAUCAGACAAUCAUGAAUAUGCAUGUCAGUGAACGUCCAAUGAGGAGAAUGUUCAUUGCCUUGGGUAAAACCCGAGCAUAA